AUGCGCAUGAUGGAUGCCUGGGUAUCUCACCUUCCAAAAGGUGCACGCGCUCAAAGCCAGUUUAGUAGGUGGCGCGAUCGACUGGAUCGCGACAAAAUCGAGCCCUGCGACAAAUACUAUUUCGAGAUGUCGCUACCAAUUCUUGUCAAUGCUUGGAAGUCUACCCUGAUCCAAGCUGACCCGGUGGUAAAUGAAGCAUCAAACCGCAGAGGAACAGAUACUAUGAUUGAGCUUGCGUUUCAAAAUCGUCCCGGGGCCGACCAUAUAUGGAGGGCUGAGGUAGAUAUGGUCCUACCCGAUACUCCGGAUCUUGUUCGAGCCGAUGCCGUCGCAGCAUUGACGCUGCCAGCAGACUGGACAGAUUUCCUGGAAGAACUCGAUAAUCGAUACGUGUUCUCAUGGGCAUGGUCUGCACUAUUGACCGAUAUGCCAGGGUCGAUUGUCACAUUUGGCUUCGAGUCGAAAGUGGACGAUCCCGAAGAUGUGUUACGUCAGAUCCAACUUGACUUGUUCUCGGGCCAGCUGCACCGGCGGGCUCUCCGCCUCAAGGACGGGCCAGUAUUUGGUGCUACUCUCAACAAGAAUAUUCUUCAGUUAUACGUCGCAAACUGGAAGAACGGCACAUUGGUGCGUAUCCUCUCAAUGUACAACCCAUCUUUCACGGAUUUGCUCUGA